GUCCGGUUCAGUACGUGUUCCUGCACGGCACACAAAGGUCGGUGCGUACUAUGUUACAUGGUACAGAUGUUCCCGAAACACGUUCCACACGAGGAAACGACAGAACCAGCCAAUCAGAGCGCUGCUUUCACCACAGGUACCCGGAUGUACCCGUGGGCAAUUAGCUACGUCAUUGUUCACCGCCGGACACCCGCUGUAAAUAAGCAAUGGAUUUACAACUGAUUUUAGGGCGUUCAUAACAAAUACCAGCAAUGAACAAUGACCAUAGUUGACAGAUCCUCAGAACAGUCUGACUACGAGUCAGUCGGGUGUAAGCGCUCCCCAUUCACCAGUGGAGACGUGGGCAUGGACAGCAGCUGCUCCAGCAGCUGGGCAGUGGGACCCUCAGUGGCCAGUGAGUCUCCACGGCUCAAGGCUCAAGGGGGCUGCCUGGGCCCCACUCCUGGUGCUGCGGUCUACAAUGGCACAUGUGUGGAUCGGCCCAAGGAGCAAGUAAUGGGCAGUGGAGAUGGCAUAGAUCUACCACAGAAGGUCUUGUUUCCUCCUGAACGACUCAACCUAAAAUGGACCCAGGGCCAUCGAAUUGGGGCAGGACUACAGAACAUGGGGAACACAUGCUUCCUCAACUCAGCCCUGCAGUGUCUCACCUAUACACCUCCAUUUGCCAACUAUAUGCUUACACGGGAGCACUCCAAACUAUGUCAUGAGCCGGGCUUUUGUAUGAUGUGCACCAUGCAAAACCACAUCAUACAAGUUUUUGCAAACUCUGGGAAUGUUAUUAAACCUAUUGGUGUCCUCAAUGAGCUUAAAAGGAUUGCAAAGCACUUCCGCUAUGGAAGCCAGGAGGAUGCCCAUGAGUUUCUGCGAUACACAGUGGAUGCUAUGCAAAAGUCCUGUUUACCUGGAACUAAAUUGGACAGGCAAACGCAGGCAACUACCUUCAUCCAUCAAGUAUUUGGCGGGUAUUUACGGUCCAGAGUAAAAUGUUUAAACUGCAAAGCAGUUUCUGAUACAUUUGACCCCUUUUUGGAUAUCCCUCUGGAAAUUAAGACGGCGCUCAGUGUCUCAAAGGCUUUAGAGCAGUUUGUUAAGCCAGAGCAACUGGAUGGAGAAAAUGCGUACAAAUGUACAAAGUGCAAGAAAAUGGUCACAGCCUCAAAGAGAUUUACUAUCCAUCGCAACCCCAAUGUGCUUACCCUGUCCCUUAAACGCUUUGCAAAUUUCACUGGAGGAAAAAUUACAAAGGAUGUGAAAUAUUCGGAAUAUCUGGACCUGCGCCCGUACAUGUCUUUAUCACAGGGAGAGCCUCAGGCCUAUGGACUAUAUGCUGUGCUGGUUCAUUCAGGGUUCAGUUGCCAUGCAGGGCACUACUUCUGUUAUGUGAAGGCUAGCAAUGGACAGUGGUAUCAAAUGAAUGACUCCUCUGUGUCAGUCAGUGAUAUACGGUCCGUUCUGAACCAACAAGCCUAUGUUCUGUUUUAUAUUAGGAACAAUGAUGUGAAAAAAACAGCUGACUACAACCACAUGAACCAUAACACUGGCGUCCCUGGUCAGUCCUCCCCAUGGCCUGUUGUAAUACCACGCAUAAAUACCGCUGUCCACAGCAACAAUGUGGGCUUCAUAGGCCCACAGCUGCCACCAAACAAGGGAUCACUUCAUGUCAACGGAAAUGGAUCUCAUAGAGAUUAUCCCAGUUCAAAACCUAGCAGCAGUGGUCACGGAUCGUCUGCCUCUUCCUCCAUCUCUCACUCCAUUAGCCGGCCCACAACUAUCCCAGACCAGGACAAACGGCAAAAACUUUCAUUUUUCAUUGGCCAAGGCAAACCCAUCCGGCCCGCACCCUCGGCCGCCUCUCACAGUCAGCCGUCCUCUGCUGCCAGCUCGUCCUCACAGUCUACCUCAGAUGCCCCGUCAGAUGUUCGCUUCAUUCCACGCCAGCUAAACCACGUCAAUGGCACUUCUCGUGUCAACGGAGACCACCAAACGGGGGGGAAUGGGGCAUCUCUCUUGGUGCCGUACAGUCAAGAGUCCUCUGAGGAGUCUGAUCAGGAGAACAGCAGCACUUUAGAUAAUGGCAAGUCUCGUGUCAUCAGUAACAGUGGAACUGGGGAGGGUUUUAAUGCAGCUUCACAGAACACAAAUGGGGAGACUAAAGUGCUUCAUAAUGGAAACCGAUUAAAUGGAGCCAAUCACUGUAUCUCUAACUCCAAACAAAAUGGCCAUCAUAAUGGGCACCACAAAGUCAAUGGACAUGGAAGUUCUGAUCAGAUGUCGAGCAGUAAUUCUAGCAGCUUAUCCUCUGAUAAUUCGACUAAUGGAGUAAAUCAUGACAACAGUCACACAAGUAAAGACAUAGACCAUGCACCAACCACUUCUGCUCAGAGUGUUCAUGCUGUUGGUGAAAGUGUCCACGUCUCCACUUCUGACACAAGAGCUCAGACAGUGUCCCCUCAAUGUGAACAACCCCCCCAGCAGAACACCACCUCCUCUACUGUAAACUCUGUGCCAGAAGCCACUAACACUGAUGCAGACCCACCCCGAGAAACUCCCUCCUCCACACAUCACAAUAAGUCUGCUGCCUUAUGUCCCCCUGCCCCUGAUGCCACUCACACCUCCAGUGGGGCUCCUUCACACAAAGCUGGGAAUGAUGGCAAAGACGUAGUAGAAACCAAUUGCCUGUCUGUAGCGCCUGAAGGACGCACCGCUGCUAAGGAGCCAAAUCAUUACAAGACCAGCUCCAGAAGCAACCAUGAGAGAAAGGGAUCCAGAGAUCGGGAUCGAGUGCAUGCCUCCGAGUGGAGCAGAGACAAGUACUGCCGAGACCGCAGUAAUGACAGAGAGAGCGAUGGAGACCGAUACAGGUCAAGACGGGACUACAGAGACCAGCAUCGCUCAUACAGGGACCGCCUGCCUUUCUACGAUCGCUCCUACAGGGACACCGAUUUGGAGCGACGCUGGGAGAGGACUUACCACCCGAGGGAGCGAGACAGAGACAGGUGUGCUCAUCAUUAUCACCACUCACACUACCGCCAUCACUGGGACCGAGACCGCAGGCAUGGCCAUUACAGAGACGACUAUCAGAGCCGCUGGAAGUGGCAUGAGAGUCGAGACUAUAGGAGCAAUGGGAGAGACAGGGACUACUAUUCUAAAGAGGACAACACAAUUUCAACCAAUGGGACAGAGAGUCGAUCCAAGGGCUCGCCAAGCAGAGCCGCACACUCUGCAUCUGCAUCCGCCUCCACCAGAAAUGAGCAGAAUUACAGACGCACUUAUGUCCCUGUCACCAAGGAAAGGGACAGCAGCUCUGAUGGUGGUUACAGUAAAAAACACAAGAAGAGCAAGAAGAAGAAAUCUAAAGACAAAGACAGACACCGUGAUAGUGGAAGCUCUGGUGUGGAUUCCGAUCGAGACACUGAAACAAAAAGAAAAAAGAAGAAAAAGAGGAGACAUGACAGUCAGGAAAGGGAGAGCCGUAAGCGUCAUCGGGACGACAACAAACAUGAUGGUUGUUCACCAGAGAAACGUCAGCGCACAGAGUACGACCAUUCAGUUUCCCUCCAUUGCCCCUCACCUUCAAACGGUUUGACUCAGCGCCACCUAAACGGUCACACAGGGAAUGGCUACAGCCAAAACAGUGACUCCCAUGGAUUUUCCAGCUGUUCACUACCGUUAGAAUCUACCAAUACUGUCAGACCUUUUUAACUCCAGAGCGGCAUCAACAUUUUUCAACGUGGUGCUUCUUCAAUUGUAUUUUUACCACAACAAGUGUUUUAAAAGUUUAAUCUUUUGUUUAAUAGCUUGAUUUACUUGCUGUAAUUCUCAAGUAACAAAGAUCAUAUGACAAUUUGUUUAAAUCAAAGACUGAAUAAUAUAUACUUGUAUAAACACCUGGAGCUCGAACAUCUCUGCUGCUCAGUGGUACUCAGGACUUGAAACAUCUAUCAUGUGUCCAACCUCUUCAAGUGAGACUAAAGAAAAGUUGAGGCCCAUAUCUGUGCAGUUAUAGUGAGUUAAUGAGUCUGAGAGUUGUUGUGGGUGAAGACGAACUGUAUGGAGGAAUGACACAAGUGCCGAGGCAGGAGGAAGGCUCACUCAUGGAUACCUCCAUGUUAACCCUGGACAGACUUGAGGACAUUGCCUGCUUUUUCUUUUUCUAAAGUUUUAUAGAUUCUCACAGUGGAGUCUCUCACAUUUACUUUACCACUUUUACAAAGAGAAGCAUUAUUAGUAGUUAUCAUGGCUGUGGACCACAUCUUUGCUUUUUAAUGAAAAUACAGUUUGAUUGUGUCUUCUAGCGUCAUAAAGAAUACUGUGAAGUUGAUUUUGAACUGUAUUAUCAGUUAUUUUUAUAUGUAACAGUCCUGUAUCAGGAUUAUAUGUAGUUGAUUCAUUUUGGCUUGUUUUAGAUCUACACUCUGACCAUACUUUCUGGAAAUUACUGAUUAUGAUGUGCAUUUUUUUCUUUUAGAUGUCUUCAACUUAAACGUUGGAAAAGUACUGUUAAAAGUUAAUUUUGGCAUGUCAGGAUGUCUACAUUGGAUAAGGUUAAAGCCUUAAAAAUAGAACUUGUCAUAACCAGAAAUUGUAAUUUCUUUUGUGUUUUUUUGAAUUUAAAUGAAUGGACAAUGCAUACUGCGAAACCUGAAGAUUUGACA